GCGGCAACCUUCCUUUUGCUAUCGCGAGGUUUCGUCUUCCCGGAAGUGGUGGAGGACCGUCCUCGAGAACGGCGUCGGGAUGUGUGGGGGCUGUGUGGAGAAGGAGUAUCCGAAUCGGGGUAACAUCUGCCUGGAAAAUGGAUCUUUCUUGCUGAACUUUACAGGCUGUGCAGUGUGCAGUAAGCGGGAUUUUAUGCUGAUCACCAACAAAUCUUUUAAAGAGGAAGAUGGAGAAGAAAUAGUUACCUAUGAUCAUCUGUGUAAGAAUUGUCAUCAUGUAAUAGCCAGGCACGAGUACACAUUCAGUAUCAUGGAUGAAUUUCAGGUACUUGUCCAUUGGGAACUGUCUUCUAGAACCAAGAAUAAGCAAGGCUUGGGAGCAGCUGGUAUUUAGAAUCUGAUUUGCUGAGAAGAUGGAGGAACUACUCACCAGGGAAUGCCCAGCUGUUCUGUCUUCUGUAGCCCGUUCCAUGGCUGUUCAUAACACGUGGGGACCCAUGUCCCCACUGGCUGCUCCCUCAAAACAAGCCUCCAUUACUUGAGUGGGAAUGGAAUCUUUGGCCAUUAAAAGAGGUGACAGGAAAUGCAGCA